AGGGCGCUAUCGACUACGGUAAAAGCCUAUUCACCAAUGCACAUACGUACGCUUCUCAAGGAAGGUUUCAAAAUGGUGAAAUUUGGAUUGCAGUUCAAAGCUACGUUGGAGAAUGUCACCAACGUUAGGCCAGUGGGAGAGGACUUCCGAUGGUUUCUGAAGCUCAAAUGUGUAAGCUGCGGAGAAAUUCCAGAUAAAUGGCAGUACAUAAGCCUUAUGGAAAGUACGCCCCUAAAGGGAGGGAGGGGCAGUGCCAGUAUGGUUCAGAAGUGUAAACUCUGCUCCAGGGAGAACUCCAUAGAUAUUCUCGGGGAUACGAUCACUCCUUACAAUAUGGAGGACAGCGAGACCUUUAAGACCAUGGUGCAGUUCGAGUGUCGAGGACUGGAACCGGUAGACUUCCAACCACAAGCUGGUUUUGCUGCAGAAGGAGCAGAGUCUGGGACCAAGUUUCCUGAGAUUAAUCUACAGGAGAAGGAUUGGACGGACUACGAUGAGGAAGCGGCUGAGUCGGUGGGCGUUUACGAGGUUACCCAUCAGUUCACCAAGCGUUGAAAAACAAAACAAAACAACCAGAUCAAGUGACAAGUGGAGCGCAAGGGGGAGGCUGAUCAGCGAAGCGAGAUAUUCACACGCUGCUUUCUGUCACCCGGGACUCGUUCUGAGACGGGAUCUUGAAGUUUGCGGCACAAUUGGAUUGGAUUUCGUGGAUUCAACAGAAUGGACUGGGCUUUCACUGGUUCAAUCAGAUUUGACCGUGAAAAACAACAACUAAGCAGCAUGAAUGGGAAUCCCAGUUUGAAUAAAUACAAACAAAUAAAAAACAAAACUUUUUUGACUUUUAAUAUGUAUUUAUAUUUGUAUUGUAUUAAGUUAAUAACUGAAUCCAUGACUACUUCUGAAAAAUGUUCAGCAAUCCAGGAUGAAUUGUGAAGUGAAACGAAACAUAAAUUCAGGAUGGAUAUCUAGCUAGUAUUCACUCACAUUGCAUGUCUCCCUGCGCACUAAUACUGCGCAGUUCGCCGUUUGUUUACAUGGAAGGGCAGUGCAUUGUGGGAUAUCUGUGAGCAAAGGUAGCUGCCUGGAGGGCUGCAAUCCGCUGUCACCACUACCGAUGUUGCGCCUCUCCUCUUCACUACCUACAUAUCACAUUAUCCGAAGAUCAAUCAUGGCUCAGCAAAAGAAGAACAGAGUUUUUGUCAUUGGCGUAGGAAUGACAAAGUUCGAGAAGCCGGGAUCCAGAGAGGACUUUGACUACCCUGAUAUGGCCAAGGAAGCAGG